UGGAAGAGGACAGGUGAGAGUUUUAGUGUAGUACUGGAGGAGGACAGGUGAGAGUUUUAGUGUAGUACUGGAAGAGGACAGUUGAGAGUUUUAGUGUAGUACUGGAGGAGGACAGUUGAGAGUUUUAGUGUACUACUGGAGGAGGACAGGUGAGAGUUUUAGUGUAGUACUGGAGGAGGACAGGUGAGAGUUUUAGUGUAGUACUGGAGGAGGACAGGUGAGAGUUUUAGUGUAUACUGGAAGAGGACAGUUGAGAGUUUUAGUGUAGUACUGGAAGAGGACAGGUGAGAGUUUUAGUGUAUACUGGAGGAGGACAGGUGAGAGUUUUAGUGUAGUACUGGAAGAGGACAGGUGAGAGUUUUAGUGUAGUACUGGAGGAGGACAGGUGAGAGUUUUAGUGUAGUACUGGAGGAGGACAGUUGAGAGUUUUAGUGUAGUACUGGAGGAGGACAGGUGAGAGUUUUAGUGUAGUACUGGAAGAGGACAGUUGAGAGUUUUAGUGUAGUACUGGAGGAGGACAGGUGAGAGUUUUAGUGUUGUACUGGAAGAGGACAGGUGAGAGUUUUAGUGUAGUACUGGAAGAGGACAGGUGAGAGUUUUAGUGUAGUACUGGAGGAGGACAGGUGAGAGUUUUAGUGUAGUACUGGAAGAGGACAGUUGAGAGUUUUAGUGUAGUACUGGAGGAGGACAGGUGAGAGUUUUAGUGUAGUACUGGAAGAGGACAGUUGAGAGUUUUAGUGUAGUACUGGAGGAGGACAGUUGAGAGUUUUAGUGUAGUACUGGAGGAGGACAGGUGAGAGUUUUAGUGUAUACUGGAAGAGGACAGUUGAGAGUUUUAGUGUAGUACUGGAAGAGGACAGGUGAGAGUUUUAGUGUAGUACUGGAGGAGGACAGGUGAGAGUUUUAGUGUAGUACUGAGGGAGGACAGGUGAGAUGUUUAUCUGGCUACUAAUCACUUUUUUCUGUCAGGUUGAAGGACUCCCCUGGAAACUGUGCUGACCAGUCAGAGGACACAGUGGGCCAAUUGGAUCAUUCCUGCUCUGAGGUCACAGCCAACGCUCUGUACAGCAUUUCCCAUAAUUCCCAGCGGGUGGCUCACAAGUGUCCUCAGUGUGGGAAAUGUUUCAUCUACCGCUCUCAGGUCAUUCGACACCUGCGCACCAACAAGUCCUGCGGUUCGUCCUUAAUGUCCAACGGGACCCUGCAGAGUGGAGCCAACAGCAGGGACAAAGAAGCACGCCCCCCGGAGCCCCGCCCCCGGAGCCUCGCCCCCUCAGGACACACUCGUGCUUCCAGUGCAACGCCGUCUUCAAGACCAAAGCCGAGCUGCUGUCUCACCAGAGAAGCCACCGGGCGCGUCCCGUCUACCACUGCAGUCAGUGUGACAAGGAGUUCCACCACCUGUCCAGCUUGACCAAUCACAAGCAGACCCAUCUGGACAAGGGAGGGUUCACCUGUAGCAGGUGUGAGAAGGUGUUCCAGUCGGCAAAGGAAAGGGACACCCACCGGCUGCAGCACCGGCUGCCCGACCUCACCUGCACCGUGUGCGACCAGACCUUCAGCUCUCAGACCCAGCUGCUGAGACACCUGCAGACGCACUCAGUGGAGGGAGCUGAACCCUGCUACCGCUGUCGCUUCUGUGACCAGACCUUCUCAGGUAACCAUCCAGGUGUGACUCAGCUCCGUAUCCACCAGCGAACACACACCUUCCGGUCAUACCAGUGCGACCAGUGCAGUAAAACGUACGGUUCCCUGACGGGCCUCCACUCCCACCGGGCAAGCCACAGCGCCGACAGCCGCUUCCUGUGUUCUCAGUGCGGCAAACGCUUCAAGACCCGGGACGGCCUGGAGGGACACCUGAGGACACACACCGGAGAGAGGCCCUACCGCUGCCCCUACUGCCCCAAGGACUUCACCGCGCUGGCCGGCCUCAAUGUGCACGUCCGGCGGCACACCGGGGAACGGCCGUACGUGUGCACGGUGUGCGGUAAAGGCUGGCCUUCUGGUGGCGACCUGCAGAAACACAUGAGGACGCACACCGGAGAACGGCCCUACGUCUGCCAGGACUGUGGAAAGGCCUUCUCCAUCUCCUGCCACCUGACGGAGCACCGCCGGAUCCACACCGGUGAGAAGCCGUUCUCGUGUCCAGAAUGCGGUAAAUGUUUACGGAGGAAGUUUGAUCUGAAGAAGCACAUGUUGUCCCACAGCAACGUGCGACCAUACGGCUGUAUCUACUGUUCAAAGAGCUACACCCGUAAAACCCAUCUGAACAGACACCUGCUGACCCACAGGGCUGCAGACGGACAGGUGGAGACGGAGGAACCCUGAACUAAACUCAUUCAGCUUCUCAUCCUGGAUCCUCAGCAGAUCUGUGGGUCGGGCUGAGAGAAACUAAACCCUGACAGGAUUUAAAGUUCAGGAACUCAUCAUGAAAGUGGAUCCAGAGUUUUGUUUUUGUUUCAUUACAAACUACUAAUGAAAUGUCCAACAAAUAGUAAUUAGACCAUGAAUGAACUGUUUAGACCCGGUUUCUGGGUCAAAGGUCCUUUUAGAGACUGGAUGCUGAAUCCUCAGAAAUCACCAAUGACAUUUCAGUUCAAGGUUAAAGGCUGCUGUAAAAAAUACACACAAAUCUGUCAACAAAAGGGCUGAAAUGUCUGUAAAAUGUCCAAAUACAUCAGUCAGAUAUGGGAAACAUCCAGAAAGUAUCAAUCAGUUGAUGCAUAAAAGCCAAGAACUGACUUAUUCCCUGCUGAACAUCUGAGUGUUGAUGGAAUAAAGACAUGGUUUAUGACAGAACAUCAGUGUUUAUUCAGCUUUAGAGGGAAGCUUCUAAACAUGGUGACAUGAAACCGUCUUCAGACUGACAGCAGCUGCUGAGGCUCUGCAGGUUUAGAGUCUGAAAACAGGUUUAAUUAAAGGUAAAUUCUAAUUAGUAUCAGAUCACCACAGGGCAAGGUUAAUCAUCUGGACUAAUUAUUACAUGAUCAUUAGAGAGGUUCUGAUUGGACGGCUCACAGGAAGCAGGAUUGUGAUUGGUUAGUGAGGACACACCAGUUCUGUUUGAUAAUGCUGAUCUGUCAUGUUUGUGUUGACUUAAAUCUGUAAAAUGUUGUUUUGUGAACGUCAUGGCUGCUAGUUUUGACCUCCUUCUGUAUCUGUGCUUCUAUAAACAGAGACUUAAUGAGA